AUGGGAUUCCAAGAAAAUAUAUGUUUAUUUCGGUUAAAAGAUUUAAUAAACCAAACCAAAGAAAAAUGUGAACUAGCUGUUCAACAAAAUGGUUUAGAAUUACAAUAUGUAAAAGUGCAAACUGACAAAAUAUGUAAAUUAGCUGUUCGACAAAAUGGUUGGGCAUUAGGACAUGUAAUAAAACAAACUAAAGAAAUAUGCAAAUUAGCUGUUCGGCAAAAUAGUUGGGCAUUAGGACAUGUAAUAAAACAAACAGAAGAAAUAUGUAAAAUAGCUGUUCAAAAAAAUGGUUGGGUGCUGAAAUAUGUAAAAGAACAAACUGAAGAAAUAUGCAAAUUAGCUGUUCGACAAAAUGGUUUAGCAUUAGAAUAUGUAAAAAUACAAACUGAGGAAAUAUGCAAAUUAGCUGUUCGACAAAAUGGUUGGGCAUUAGGACAUGUAAUAAAACAAACAGAAGAAAUAUGCAAAUUAGCUGUUCGACAAAAUGGUUGGGCAUUAGGACAUGUAAUAAAACAAACAGAAGAAAUAUGUAAAAUAGCUGUUCAAAAAAAUGGUUGGGUGCUGAAAUAUGUAAAAGAACAAACUAAAGAAAUAUGCAAAUUGGCUGUUCGACAUAACGGAUCCGUAUUAGAAUAUGUAAAAGAACAAACCGAAGAAAUAUGUAAAUUAGCAGUCAACCAAAAAGGAUAUGCGUUAAAAUAUGUAAAAGAACAAACUGAAGAAAUAUGUAAAUUAGCAGUCAACCAAAAAGGAUAUGCGUUAAAAUAUGUAAAAAAACAAACUGAAGAAAUAUGUGAAUUAGCUGUUAAACAAAAUGGUUUGGCUUUACAGUAUGUGAUUGAACAAACCGAAAAAAUGUGUAAAUUAGCAGUCAACCAAAAAGGAUAUGCGUUAAAAUAUGUAAAAGAACAAACUGAAGAAAUAUGUGAAUUAGCUGUUAAACAAAAUGGUUUGGCUUUACAGUAUGUGAUUGAACAAACCGAAAAAAUGUGUAAAUUAGCUGUUAAACAAAAUGGAUUGGCAUUAAAAUAUGUAAAAGAACAAACAAACGAACUUUGUAAAAUAGCAAUUAAACAAAAUUCAUCGACUCUACGAUUGGUGUCAAAAUCUGUUUUACUGACAAAUAUAUUUAUGUAUUUUAAUAAUUUUUUAUUAGGAGUGUAA